AUGCUUUCCCUGAAAUCACGCAUCGCUGGACGCCGGUUGUUCUCGUCCUCGAGAUCGACUGCUCAGGUGAUCACUAAGUACAAUAAUCUCAAUGGCAAAACGGCCUCCUCUGUCAUGGCCAAGGAAUAUCACAUCAUCGAUCACGAGUACGAUGCCGUGGUGAUUGGUGCCGGUGGUGCCGGUCUCCGUGCAGCCUUUGGUCUCGUCCAGGAAGGUUUCAAGGUGGCUUGUAUCUCGAAGCUUUUCCCAACAAGAUCGCACACCGUCGCUGCACAAGGUGGUAUCAACGCUGCCCUAGGAAAUAUGCACCCCGACGAAUGGAGAUGGCACAUGUACGACACGGUGAAAGGUUCUGAUUGGCUGGGAGACCAGGACGCCAUCCACUAUAUGACCAGAGAGGCUCCCGACUCGAUCAUCGAACUCGAACACUACGGUCUGCCAUUUUCCAGAAACAAGGAGGGAAAGAUCUACCAGAGAGCUUUUGGUGGUCAAUCCAAGGAGUACGGUAAGGGAGGACAGGCUUACAGAACAUGCGCCGUCGCAGACAGAACCGGACAUGCACUGCUGCACACAUUGUACGGUCAAUCGCUCAGAUACGACACGCACUACUUCAUCGAGUUCUUUGCCAUGGACCUGCUGAUGCACGACGGAAGAUGUGUGGGAUGCAUCGCUUACAACGAGGAGGACGGUACUUUGCACAGAUUCAAGGCCAACAACACUGUCAUUGCCACUGGUGGAUACGGUAGAGCCUACUUCUCCUGUACCUCUGCCCACACCUGUACUGGUGAUGGUUACGCCAUGGUCAGCAGAGCUGGCCUGCCAUUGGAGGAUCUGGAGUUUGUGCAGUUCCACCCAUCUGGUAUCUACGGUUCUGGAUGUCUGAUCACCGAGGGUGCCAGAGGUGAGGGUGGAUUCUUGGUGAACAGCGAGGGUGAGAGAUUCAUGGAAAGAUACGCUCCAACCGCCAAGGAUCUUGCUUCCAGAGACGUUGUUUCGAGAGCCAUUACCAUGGAGAUCAACGCUGGAAGAGGUGUUGGUCCUCACAAGGACCACAUGUUCCUCCAACUGUCCCACCUGCCUCCAUCCGUGCUGAAGGAGAGACUCCCAGGUAUUUCUGAGACUGCCCACAUUUUCGCCGGUGUCGACGUCACCAAAGAGCCAAUUCCUAUUUUGCCUACUGUGCACUACAACAUGGGUGGUAUUCCAACCAAGUACACUGGAGAGGUCCUGACCCAGAACGAGAAGGGUGAGGACGUUGUCGUUCCAGGUCUGUUCGCAUGUGGUGAGGCUGCCUGUGCCUCUGUGCAUGGAGCCAACCGUUUGGGAGCCAACUCCUUGUUGGACCUGGUCGUCUUCGGAAGAGCCGUUUCGCACACUAUCAGAGAUAAGUUCAGCCCUGGGGCGCCAUUGCCAGAACUACCAAACGACAUUGGCCACGAGUCCGUUGCCAACCUCGAUAGGCUGAGAAAUGCUGACGGAGAUGUCACCACUGCCGAAUUGAGACUCGAAAUGCAAAAGAGCAUGCAAAAGCACGUUGCCGUGUUCAGAGAGCAAAAGACUCUGGACGAGGGUGUGGAACAAAUGAGCAAGAUCGAUGCCAAGUUUGACAGAAUCAAAACCACCGACAGAUCGAUGAUCUGGAACUCAGAUCUGGUCGAGACUUUGGAAUUGCAAAAUCUGCUUACCUGUGCCAGACAGACUGCCACUGCAGCUGCCGCAAGAAAGGAGAGUAGAGGUGCCCACGCCAGAGAUGAUUACCCAGAGAGAGACGACGAGAACUGGCGUAAACACACUCUUUCGUGGCAGGAUGGCCAUGGAAAGGACGUUAAGCUUGGAUACAGAGCUGUCAUUGCUACAACUCUUAAUGAAGCUGAAUGUAAACCAGUUCCUCCUGCGAAGAGAGUUUACUAG